AUGUCAGCCACCGAUCCCCAUGCGCCUUCCACAUUUCCGACGGCAGUUCCAAUUGUGUCGUCUGUCAUAGCAACCGUCUCGGACGCCACCAUCUCCAACACAAACUCGAGCUUCCUUCAGCUUCCAGCGGAGCUUCGCACUCAGAUCUACGAGUAUUGCCUACCACAAAGUGGCGGCGCCCGACCCAUUUACCGCAAAGCUCACCAGCGACCACCGCCGCUGCUUCAAGCAUGCCGGCAAACUCGUCAAGAAACAUUCGCUAUGUACUACUCUACCGGCAGCUUCCGAACCCGAUCCGACGAAGACUUAAUACGCUGGGUCAAGGCCAUCGGGCCUGAGGCUCGUGCUCUGAUUCGCGGACUGACCAUCUACAGCUUCGACGAAUGGACGCCGGAUCUCACGGCGCAGAAGCCGAGAAUGCUAGUCCGACUGAGGCAUUUGUACACACGACUCGAGGAAGAGGGUUUGAGCUUGCCCGCGGGUACACUGACUGCAUUCAUUCGUCUCUCGGAUAGGACUUGUAGGUGCAUGACCGAGAUCGAGAUCGAGGAGAAUCUGGUCAUUGUGCGCAGGAAAUGGCUGCGGUAUCUGGGAUGA